CUGCGAAUGACGCAUCAGAGUGGAAUUCAUGCUGAUGAGUAUGUCACUGCCCAGCUGACCGCUGCUCAGCGGAGCCAUGUGCGAGCGUUGCAAGUGGUGAUAGAAAAUGAAUCCUUAAUCGUUAAUAAAGUGACGUCCAUUCGGGGGUCUUGGAGGGAAGAUUAUAAUGCCGAAAUCUUACCAAUGUUGGAUAAAAAGCGCCCGUGUUAUAUACUCUUCAAGUUAGACUCCACCAGCGAAUUCGGGAACGACUGGGCUCUAAUAAGCUGGGUACCGGACUCUGCCAGUGUACGGGAAAAGAUGCUUUAUGCAUCAACUAGGGCUACCCUUCGUCGGCAGUUCGGAGAUCACCUAAUCAAAGAAGACCUCACCGGAAACGCUUUCAGUGAUGUCGAUCUUAAUGGUUUCGAGAAGCAUCUGACUUCAAAAGAGUCACCCGCUCCGCUGACUGCCGCUGAAAUAGAGAAGGCCUCUAACUUAAACAACGAGGUUUCUGGCGGAUUUUAUGCGGCUCGUCCCACAGGGAGCUCGCUUCAGUUUGGUCUGACAAACGGAGCAGCUGCAGAGCUGCAGCGGUUUGCUCGUGGCUUAUGUAACUACGUUCAGCUGCAGACAGUGGGACGGAUGCUAGAGGGUCUUCAAACGGCUACUGGCGAAAGCCUUGUUGAUCUGAAGUGCGCAGACGACUUUCUUCCCAGCAUCAAAAUAGGCGGUAUCAGCCGUGGUGGCAGUGUGCCGGCGCAGAAAUCUGGAGGCCCGGACUCACGUCCGACCUGCGCAAAACAGCUGAUCGAUAUGGAUUGUGAAAUGAUCGACCUUGCUCUUUCAGAGAAGCAGAUCGAGGCCAACCGCAUAGCGUCUCACACUCCAAGUAACGAAGGUCGGUAUCAUCUUUAUCGGUUUUAUCACCUCACCCACCAACAGAAUCCCCCUCAAUUAUUUACCAGUAGUCAUUGUUAG